AUGAUUUUCUUAUUUCAGAAAGAUCCAGAUUACCUGAAGCUGUGGUUGGACAGUUUUGUUUCUAGCUAUGAACAAUUCUUAGAUGUUGACUUUGAAAAGCUGCCUACCAGGGUGGAUGAUGUGCCUCCUGGAAUAUCUCUGCUUCCUGAUAAUAUUCUGCAGGUUCUGAGGAUCCAGCUUCUACAGUGUGUUCAAAAAAUGGCUGAUGGGUUAGAGGAAGAACAGCAAGCCUUGUCAAUUUUGCUUGUCAAGUUCUUCAUUAUUCUUUGCAGAAAUCUAUCUAAUGUAGAAGAAAUUGGGACCUGCUCAUAUAUCAACCAUGUUAUCACUAUGACAACACUCUAUAUUCAGCAAUUAAAAAGCAAAAAAAAAGAGAAGGAAUUGGCAGAUCAGACAUCUGUUGAAGAAUUUGUGAUCCAUGCAUUGGCAUUUUGCGAAAGUUUAUAUGACCCAUAUCGGAAUUGGAGGCAACGAAUUUCAGGACGAAUCUUUAGUACUGUGGAAAAGAGCAGACAGAAAUAUAAACCAGCUUCUCUCACAGUGGAGUUCGUCCCUUUCUUUUAUCAGUGUUUUCAAGAAAGUGAACAUCUCAAGGAGAGUCUUAAGUGUUGCUUAUUGCAUCUCUUUGGAGCCAUAGUAGCUGGUGGGCAGAAGAAUGCUUUGCAAGCAAUUUCUCCAGCCACCAUGGAAGUUCUUAUGAGAGUUUUGGCUGACUGUGAUUCUUGGGAGGAUGGAAAUCCUGAAGAAGUGGGUAGGAAGGUGGAACUGACUCUGAAGUGCCUUACAGAAGUGGUGCAUAUCCUUCUCACUAGCAGCUCUGAUCAGCGUCAGGUGGAAACCAGCACUAUUCUGGAGAACUAUUUUAAAUUGCUAAAUUCAGAUCAUUCAGCUUUACCUAAGCAAAGGAGGUCCAGACAGUGGGAAAACCGGUUCAUAGCUCUUCAGAUCAAAAUGCUGAAUACCAUCACAGCCAUGUUAGACUGCACAGAUAGACCUGUUCUUCAGGCUAUUUUUCUUAACAGUAACUGCUUUGAACAUCUCAUACGACUGCUACAGAACUGCAAGGUGUUUCAGGGACAGUUGGACUGUUUGGCUGUAUCAGCUAUUCAGGCUUUGACAGCAGUAAUGAACAAAUCUCCAGCUGCUAAGGAAGUAUUUAAAGAACGAAUUGGUUAUACACAUAUGUUUGAAGUAUUAAAAUCACUGGGUCAGCCACCACUGGAACUACUUAAAGAACUUAUGAAUAUGGCUGUAGAGGGUGACCACACUUCAGUGGGUAUUUUGGGCAUUAGUAAUGUCCAGCCGCUCUUGCUUCUUAUCCAGUGGCUUCCAGAGCUAGAAUCCCAUGACCUGCAAAUCUUCAUCUCAGAUUGGCUGAAAAAAAUUUGUUGUAUUAACAGGCAGAGUCGAACUACUUGUGUCAAUGCAAACAUGGGAAUUAGAAUCAUUGAAGCCCUUAAUUCCCAUUCUUCCCUCCAUCGAACUUGUGCUGAGAACUUGAUUGCACUCCAUGGUUCCUUGGGGAGUCAGUCAGUGAGCUCAGAAGAAAUCCGUCAACUACUGAGGUUGCUAAGAGUGGAUGAAUCUGAAUCUGUUCACCCCUAUACCACUCCUGUAGCUCGAGCAAUCCUGACAAUGGCCCGAAAACAAAGUCUAGAGAGCGCUCUUCAGUAUUUUAAUUUGUCACAUAGUAUGGCAGGAAUUUCUGUGCCUUCCAUACAGAGAUGGCCAGGGUCUGCCUUUUCUUUCAAUGCUUGGUUUUGCUUAGAUCAGGAUCAGUUGACUCUUGGCAACGCUAACAAAGGAGGAAAAAGAAAACAAUUAUACAGCUUUUUUACAGGAAGUGGUAUGGGCUUUGAAGCUUUUAUUACCCAUUCAGGUAUGUUGGUUGUAGCAGUGUGCACGAAAAGAGAAUAUGCGACAGUUAUGCUUCCUGACCACAGUUUCUGUGAUUCCCUCUGGCACAACAUAACCAUUGUUCACAUGCCUGGAAAAAGGCCCUUUGGUCAGAGCCUUGUCUAUAUCUAUGACAAUGGACAGCAGAAGGUCUCUGCCCCUCUGAGAUUUCCUGCCAUGAAUGAACCUUUUAUUUCUUGCUGCAUUGGUUCGGCUGGGCAAAGAACCACCACUCCCCCACCAUCCCAAAUCCCAGAUCCACCUUUUUCUUCUCCUAUUACUCCUCAUCGGACAUCAUUUGGUGGAAUUUUGUCUUCAGCCUCCUGGGGAGGGACAACUGAAAAAUCAAAAUUGAUUACCAAAUUGAUAUCAGCUGGAACCCAAGACAGUGAAUGGGGAUGCCCCACAUCUCUGGAGGGUCAGCUGGGGUCUGUUAUCAUCUUCUGUGAAGCACUACAGCCUCCUCAGGUGAAGGCAUUAUAUUUAGCAGGUCCAAACUGUUUAAGCCCUUGGAAAUUUCAAGAGUCUGACAUGGCUGACCUGCCUGGUAACGUCCUUCUUCACUACACUGCAAAGGCCUGCAAAAAUUCUAUCUGUCUUGAUUUAUCUACUAAUUGUUUCCAUGGAAGGUUAACAGGAAAUAAAGUAGUAAACUGGGACAUUAAGGACGUUAUAAAUUGCAUAGGUGGAUUAAAUGUACUCUUUCCUCUAUUGGAAAAAAUCAGCCGCUUUGGUGAAGGACAGAUUCCUGAAGGAUUGAAUGAAAGCACAGUUUCUGAGUUGAUAACACCUGUAGAAGGAGAUUGGGUGGUAUUGACCUCCACAAAGGCAUCAGAGUCAAGACUCGAGAGAAAUUUAAUUGCAACAUUUAUCUUGAUUGUGAAACACUUUAUUCAAAGACAUCCUAUUAACCAGGACAACCUUAUUCACUCCCAUGGAGUUGCCGUUCUUGGAGCCUUACUUCAGAAGGUGCCUAGCGCUUUGAUGGAUGUUAAUGUAUUGAUGGCAAUUCAGUUACUCAUUGAACAGGUAUCAUUAGAGAAAAAUAUGCAACUCCUGCAACAAAUGUAUCAGUAUUUGCUGUUUGACUUCCGUAUUUGGAACCGUGGAGAUUUUCCCUUUCGAAUUGGUCACAUACAGUAUCUUUCUACCAUCAUCAAAGACAGCAGAAGAGUUUUCCGAAAGAAGUAUGGUGUACAGUUUCUCCUGGAUACACUUAGGAUUUAUUAUGGGAAUGAUUGUAAAUAUAGUGAGCUGUCUCCUGAUGAUAUUCGAACAAUAAGGACUUCUUUGUAUGGACUGAUUAAAUAUUUUCUGAGCAAAGGUGGAACUCAUGAAGAGAUACAAAGUAUUAUGGGUUACAUAGCUGCUAUCAAUGAAGAAGAACAGCUUCUUGGAAUUUUGGACAUACUCUUCAGUCUCCUACGUACCAGCCCAACUAGAGGUCAGCUUUUCUUACUGCUGUUUGAACCUGGAAAUGCUGACAUACUUUAUGCCUUACUCUUAAAUCAGAAGUACUCUGACAAACUAAGAGAAAUCAUUUUUAAGGUUAUGGAACAGAUGUUGAAAUGCACAAAUGUUUAUGAACGAAGUAAACAACGUAUUCGACUCAGAGAAGUUGGCUACUCAGGAUUUGGACUCCUCCUUAAUGAAGCACCUGUUAAUACUUCUCUCAUUAAAAGUCUCACCAAUCAAAUUAUAAAUACAGAUCCUGCUAUUAAUUUCAAAGAUCUGUUAUCUGUGGUAUAUAUUUCUCACAGAGCCUAUAUAAAUGUCAGGGUGGUCAUCUGCAGAAAGAUUUUACAGAUUUUGCAGUCCCAGCCAGAUGCAGCACAUCAGAUAUCUCAACAAGUGGGCUGGCAAGACACCUUAGUUAGGCUUUUUUUAAAAGCAAAUUUUGAAAAUGGAAAUACUCUUCAUAAACACAAUAGGGCUAUUAUAAUGAAAGACAAUGAUAAAAAUAUAUCAGUGGAAGAUAUGAAGAGGAACUUUGACGAAAAGACAGAUGAAGAAAAAAUUGCCUCUUUUGCCUCAGCUCAUAUGUCUUCAGAUGAGUGGAGUUUGGAGGAUAGACAUUCUCUGGACUCAAACAUGCCAUUAUUUCAAGAAGAUAGCUCGAUGGGAGAAUUAUCUUUCAAAUCAGAGAAUCAAGAAGAAUUCUGGCAUAAUAACCCUUCACCUCUGAGUUUAGAUCUCAGUGGAAUUGAUUCAUGUGAACUGAGUGAUGGUGGAAGUCAAAUGCCAGACAGCCUGCCUAGCACUCCUUCCCCAGUAGAGUCCAUGAAGCCGUUUCCUGUGCAGCCUGACAAGGAAAGCAGCGUCACAAAUGAUGUGGGUUUUAGUGAUGACUUCUCUUUACUUGAAAACAAAGAGAGAUGUGAGGAGGAGCUUAUUCAGUUACUGACCAAUAUUUUGAGCUGUAUAAUGUGUAAGGGACUAGAAAAGUCUGAUGAUGAUACUUGGAUUGAACGGGGACAAGUGUUUUCAGCACUAACUAAACCAGGAAUAUCCAGUGAGCUACUUCGACCAUCAGAUGAAAUAAAACUAGUUUUGCUACAGAAGAUGUUAGAAUGGGCCGUCACAGAAAACAGAGAAGCAAAAACGAAUCCAGUAACUGCCGAAAAUGCUUUCCGACUCACACUGAUCAUACAGAACUUCCUGCAAUCAGAGGGACUAGUCAAUUCGAACAUGUGGACUGAGAAGCUUUUAGAGGAUUUGAUGCUGCUCUUCGACAGUCUGUCAGUUUGGUAUUCUGAAAGUCCAGUAUGGGUGAAACUCUCUCAGAUUCAAAUCCAGUUGCUGCUUGGCUUCAUUGGAAGGGGUAAUUUGCAGGUUUGUGCAGUGGCAUCUGCUAAGCUAAACACCCUUCUUCAGACCAAAGUGAUUGAAAAUCAGGAUGAAGCAUGUUACAUUUUAGGGAAGCUGGAACAUGUUCUAAGUCAGUCAAUCAAGGAACAGACUGAAAUAUAUUCAUUUCUGAUUCCCCUUGUCCGUACCCUAGUUUCUAAAAUUUAUGAGCUUCUCUUCAUGAACUUGCAUCUACCUUCUUUACCUUUGACUAAUGGUAGCGCUUCAUUUUUUGAAGAUUUUCAAGAAUAUUGCAGUUCAAAUGAAUGGCAAGUUUACAUUGAAAAAUAUAUUGUACCUUAUAUGAAGAAAUAUGAAACCCAUACAUUUUAUGAUGGUCAUGAGAGCAUGGCACUUUAUUGGAAGGAUUGUUAUGAAGCCUUAAUGGUGAAUAUGCAUAAGCGAGACCGAGAAGGGGGAGAAAGCAAGCUCAAGUUUCAGGAGUUUUUUGUGGAGCCAUUUAAUCGAAAAGCACGCCAGGAGAACUUGAGGUAUAAUAACAUGCUGAAACAACUUAGCAGUCAGCAGUUAGCCACUCUGAGACGCUGGAAGGCAGUAAAGCUUUAUCUUACAUGUGAAAGGGGACCUUGGGCUAAAAGGAAACAAAAUCCAAUUCACUGGAAACUAGCUAAUGUAGAAAAUUAUUCCCGCAUGAGACUUAAGUUGGUGCCAAAUUAUAACUUCAAAACCCAUGAAGAAGCUAGUGCUUUGAGAGAUAAUCUAGGUAUCCAACACUCACAGCCUUCCAGUGAUUCAUUGCUUCUGGAAGUGGUGAAACAAGUAAAAGUUAGUGAUAUGGAGGAGGAUAAAUUAGAUCUUCCUGAAGAGGAAAUAACAGCCAGAGUAAAUAUUGAUGAGAAAGAAGAACAGAAUCAAAAAGAAAAAUUGGUGUUAUCAGAAGACUGUGAACUCAUUACAAUAAUUGAUGUAAUUCCUGGCAGAUUAGAAAUCACUACUCAACACAUUUACUUCUAUGAUGGCAGCAUUGAAAAAGAAGAUGGAGUAGGCUUUGAUUUCAAGUGGCCUCACUCUCAAGUUCGAGAGAUUCACCUACGACGGUACAACUUAAGGAGGUCAGCCCUUGAGAUUUUUCAUGUUGACCAAUCCAACUACUUUCUCAAUUUCAAAAAAGAGGUUAGAAACAAAGUAUAUAGCAGACUGUUGUCGCUUCAUUCUCCAAAUAGUUAUGGAACCAGAUCACCCCAGGAGUUGUUCAAAGCAUCAGGACUGACACAGAAAUGGGUAAACAGAGAGAUAUCAAAUUUUGACUACCUCAUUCAGUUAAAUACAAUGGCAGGACGAACCUAUAAUGACCUUGCACAGUAUCCUGUGUUCCCCUGGAUUUUACAAGAUUAUACUUCAGAAGAGUUGGAUCUUAAUAACCCAUCUGUAUUUCGAGAUCUAUCCAAACCAAUUGGGGUAGUUAAUGAUAAAAAUGCCAAAGCCAUGAGAGAAAAAUAUGAAAAUUUUGAGGAUCCUAUGGGAACUAUUGAUAAAUUUCAUUAUGGUACUCACUAUUCAAAUUCUGCUGGAGUUAUGCACUAUCUUAUUCGUACAGAACCAUUCACCACUCUCCACAUCCAGCUUCAGAGUGGAAGGUUCGACUGUGCUGAUCGACAGUUCCAUUCCAUCCCUGCUACCUGGCAGGCUCUCAUGGACAAUCCAUAUGAUGUGAAGGAACUUAUUCCUGAAUUCUUCUAUUUCCCAGAGUUUUUGGAAAAUCAAAAUCAAUUUAACUUGGGUCAUCUACAAGUUUCCAAAGAACUAGUAAAUGAUGUCGUUCUCCCCAAAUGGGCUAAGUCUGCUGAAGAUUUCAUCUAUAAACAUAGGAAAGCUCUGGAGUCUGAAUAUGUUUCUGCUCAUCUUCAUGAAUGGAUAGAUCUGAUUUUUGGCUAUAAGCAGAGGGGGCCGGCUGCAGUGGAGGCACUCAAUGUUUUCUAUUACUGUAGUUAUGAAGGAGCUGUGGAUCUGGAUGCCUUAACAGACGAGAAGGAAAGAAAAGCCUUAGAAGGGAUGAUUAACAAUUUUGGGCAAACGCCUUGUCAACUGUUAAAGAUAACAGUAAGCAUGAAUUACAUUAUUGGAACCCAUGGCUGGCUGCCGUAUGACAGAAACAUUUCUAAUUACUUUACAUUCAUCAGGGAUCAAACUGUGACAAAUCCUAAAACUCAGCGUAGUAUGAAUGGCCCUUUUGCUCCAGGGCUGGAGAUCACUUCUAAGCUAUUUAUAGUAUCACAUGAUGCGAAGUUGCUUUUUAGUGCUGGACACUGGGAUAAUAGCAUUCAAGUGAUGUCACUUACAAAAGGCAAACUUAUUUCACACAAUAUCAGACAUAUGGAUAUUGUGACUUGUUUAGCUACAGAUUACUGUGGAAUACAUUUGAUUUCUGGUUCCAGAGAUACUACAUGUAUGAUAUGGCAGAUUACCCAACAGGGAGGUGUUCCCGUGGGCCUAGCAUCUAAACCCUUUCAGAUUCUGUAUGGACAUACUGAUGAGGUGUUGAGUGUCGCCAUCAGCACUGAGCUAGACAUGGCGGUGUCAGGAUCAAGGGAUGGCACUGUGAUUAUACAUACCAUUCAGAAGGGUCAGUACAUGCGGACUUUACGACCGCCUUGUGAGAGUUCUCUGCUCCUGACCAUUCCCAAUUUGGCUAUAUCUUGGGAAGGACGUGUUGUCAUCUACUCCAGCAUUGAAGAAAGUGCCACUCUAAAGGAUAAGAAUGCAUUGCAUUUGUUUUCUGUAAAUGGCAAGUAUCUAGGGUCUCAAGUCCUGAAGGAACAAGUAUCAGAUAUAUGCAUAAUUGGAGAGCACAUUGUCACAGGCAGCUUACAGGGAUUCCUGUCCAUAAGAGAUCUCCACAGUUUGAAUCUCAGCAUCAACCCAUUAGCCAUGCGAUCACCUAUCCACUGUGUUUGUGUAACCAAAGAAUAUAGCCAUAUUCUUGUAGGAUUAGAAGAUGGCAAAUUGAUUGUAGUGGGUGUUGGCAAGCCAGCUGAGAUGCGCUCAGGUCAGCUUUCUCGAAAAUUGUGGGGAUCUAGCAAACGGCUCAGCCAGAUCUCAGCUGGAGAAACUGAAUAUAAUACUCAAGAUUCCAAGUGA